AUGGCCGAGCCGGCGCAGAAGGGCGGCGUAGGGCAGGGCGGGCGGCGGGAGGAUGAGGCGGCGGCGGCCGCCCCCAGCUACGAGGACUACGAGUGCAAGAUCUGCUACAACUACUUCGACCUGGAGCGGCGGGCGCCCAAGCUGCUGGAGUGCCUGCACACCUUCUGCCAGGAGUGCCUGAGCCAGCUGCACCUGCGGGCUGCCCAGCAGCCCCCCGCCGCCUCCGCCGCUGAGCCGGGGCCGGGGCCCGGCCGGUCGGCCGGCGGCUCCCUGGCCUGCCCGCUCUGCCGCCAUCGCACGGCGCUGCCCGACCACCGCGUCCACGGCCUCCCCGUCAACACCAAGCUGGCCGCCGCCUGCCCGCCGCAGCUGCGGGCCCGCGACCCGCUGCCCCAGGACAGCCUGCCGCCGCUGCCGCCCCGCCGCCCGCACCGCGCCCGGGAGGCGGCGGCCGCCCUCGCCCCGCCGGCCGCCGCCCCCGCCGGCCGGGCCGGGCCGCGCUCCUCGGGCGGCGGCUACGAGAGCUGCCAGAGCUGCAAGCGGGCGGCGCUGAGCGCCGGCUGCGUGUGCGUCGUCGUCUCCUUCCUCUCCAUGGUGGUGCUGCUCUUCACCGGCCUCAUCUUCGUCAACCAGUACGGCGGCGACGCCGGGCCCGGCGCCUCGGCCUCGCCGUCGCCGGUGGGGCCCAUCUGCCUGUCGGUGGCCAGCAUCCUCGCCCUCUUCUCCGUCGUCGUCACAUGGCUCAUCUGCUGGCUGAAGUACCGGCCCGAGGCGGCGGCAGCGAGCGGCGGGGCGACCGCCAACGGCACCCCGCGGGGCCGAGCGGCGGCCGCCCGCAGGAGCGACACGUAG